AUAAUAUUCUUUGACUGAUAGUUAAUGAUGAAUGGUAAAGUUUAGCAAUAGUUAGAUCUUCACUGGCCUCUCUGAUAAGGUUUGCUGGGUUCUUUGGGAGGUUUUUAAUUACUGUGCAUUCAUUGCCUGAAGGCAAAAACCUCCAUUUCAAAAGAUCUGAUGGGGAUACUGGACCCCUCUAGGGUCCUUAGAGUUUUUUUCAUUUUAUGUACACGCGAGUCUACAUUAUUUUUUUUUUUUUGCAUCUAGAGUGGCAUGUGAUAUGUUUUUAAAAGUAUUUUUAUUUCAGUAUUUGUGUUGCUUAAUAUGUGAACUUGGUUUGAUUAAGAGUAUAGUGGUCUCAUCAAAAGAGCUUAUGAUUUGGAAAUUUUAUCAUCAACUGAAUAAUGUCAUCUUAAGUUCAACCCAAUUUGUUUUAGGGUACUGUGCCAAUUUGUACAAGCCAGGUGACAAACUUGUUUUCACACAUGCCAUUGAAAUGGAGAAAAGACCUGUUGUAAUGCACCCACAUGGGAUGGCAUUUCGAAACAAUUACAUGUCAUGGCUUGGGAAAAGUCAAAAUGAGACAAAGGAGAUGAUGGAAACAUUUGCCAAUACGUGCAGAAAUAAGAAGUAUAACUUCAAGCUGAUCACAGAAAUUGGCAGAGCUGGAGAGGUUAUAUGUCACACCGCAAAUAAAGAAAAUGCAAAUCACAUUGUGAUGGGAAGUCGAGGACUUGGGACUGUGCGGCGGACACUGUUAGGAAGUGUUAGUGACUAUUGCCUUCAUCAUUGUCAUGUCCCUGUGUCAGUGGUUCCUCCCACAAGUAGUCCAUAAUAAUGCACUCAUUCACUUAAAAAACUGUCAAAAGAUGUUUUAUAUUAUAAAGUAUUGACAGAGGGUGAAAAGGAAACUUACUAUAAUUAUUAGGUAGAAAUGUCAUUGAUUUUUCUGACUGAUAGUUGUAGCUAGUUUAGUGCCACAAAUGUGCACAGAAGGCUAAAUACUCAAAUAUAACAAUAAAGGUUACACAUUUAGAGAUA